UUAUCGGAAAGACACCUGAUCCAGAGGCAUCGCUAAGUCAGUCAGUCGUUCAGGACGAUCUCAAAAGAAUGUAAGUGAUUCAGGCGGCACUCCCGGUUCAGAAUGGACUUGCAAGUGGGCGACGGGAAAUGAAAACCUCCCAGGUCGGCCGCAAGCCACCGUAGCGGGUAGCAGCCCCGGCGAGGAGCGCGGCUGUCAAGGGGCGAGCGCGCACCGAGUCCGGGGGAGGGGGCCAGACGCGCCAAGUCGGAAACGCGGGCGAGCGGCCCGAAAGGCGGUAAAACGCCCAGGCCGGUCCUCCUCCUGGCCUUCUCCAUCUCAAAAGGCACCAACCCGGGCAGAGCAAGGGCCCGGCAGCACCAAGCCGCAGCCUCUCCCACGGCGAGGACCCGAGUCUUCCGUCCCGGAGCCCCCGCAGACGCCAUACUAAGAGCCAAAAUGGCUGCCCCGAGGAAGCCCGCACCGCGCGGCGAGUGAGGAUCGGGGGAACUGCUUCUGCGGGAAAGGGGGCGGGGGACGCGAGGAAAGGCCGCCGCCAGACACCUCGCCAGCCCAGCCUCACAGGUUCAACAUACAGUCACCCCAUCAUAAUUUUUGAACCAUUAUUUGAAGAAAGCACUGUUCAAAAAAACAAAAAUGAUAAAAUUUUUCCUAAUGGUGAAUAAGCAAGGACAGACCCGACUUUCUAAGUACUAUGAACAUGUGGAUAUUAAUAAACGUAUACUUCUGGAAACAGAAGUUAUAAAGAGCUGUCUCUCUCGAUCCAACGAACAGUGCUCUUUCAUUGAAUAUAAGGAUUUUAAGCUAGUUUAUCGACAGUAUGCAGCUCUCUUCAUUGUGGUUGGAGUUAAUGAUGCUGAGAACGAGAUGGCAGUUUACGAAUUCAUUCAUAACUUUGUUGAAGUUUUAGAUGAGUACUUCAGCCAAGUGAGUGAAUUAGAUAUAAUGUUUAAUUUAGAUAAAGUACACAUUAUUUUGGAUGAGAUGGUGUUAAAUGGCAGCAUUGUGGAAACAAACCGGGCAAGAAUUCUUGCCCCUCUACUGAUUCUUGAUAAGAUGUCAGAAAGCUGAAUAAUGGAAGACUGACUACCAGACUUCAACUUGUAGAAAACGUGAACACUACAGAAUACUUAUCAGCAUCUGUAGCCCAAAAGAAUCUGGAAGACUACAAAUUGCAAACUAGGUUGCCCAUCUAGACAUUUUAAUUAUUUUCCAGUUUUUAGAUUAAAUAUAUAUUUAAAUAAGAUCUGCAAAGAAAAAUUUUCUCUCCAUUGAAAGACGUUUCAAAUUAUAACCAAGUAUUUUUUCCUUGUUUAACCUUUGUUGAAUUUUGAGGUAAACUUGUGAUUUCUGUUUUCCUUUGCCAAAUACAUGGGGUGUGAUACUUGUUACUCAAUAAAAAAAAAAAAAUCUAAAUUGA